UCCUUGAAUUGCACAACAGAUAAAUUUCAGUGGAUUCUCUUCAAAAUAACCAUACACAAAUGGGGAAUUAAAUAGAUCAAUUUAUUUUCGUCCAUAGUUUUCGUUACUUCUUCAUUAAAUUCAACGUAUUUUCACAUUGAUUCGGUUAUUCAAUAACAACCUCUUUCGUCGCAUUUCUAUUUUGUUGAAAAUAUCUCCUCUCUUUUUUAUUGAUAAAAAUAAAUAUGUCGACAUCAAGUGUUAUAAGUGAAAUUGCAAAUCCUUUCCCAGGAAAAAAGAGAACAAUGAAAUUAUUUCAUGAUUUGUUGAGUGACAUGCGACAUCAGCGUGUUGCUGUUAUUGCUUUGGCUGUUGGUCAAGCGGCUUUCGCACAUUCUGCUCUGUUUUUGGUUUGUUUGGGUUUGAUUCAUGCAAAACAGAUGUCAAGAUUAUUGCUCAUCGAUCGUUUGGAUCAAAAAGAACGCGAAGAAUACUAUGAAACACCAAAAAUUCACGGAGUCUCUGCAAAUGAUAUUCGAUUUUUGGAGGCUGAAAAACUCGUUAAUUACACAUUAAUUCUUUUAUACACGGCCACUGCAUUGGCUGCAGUUUAUGCAUUGUGUACACUGGGCCUGUUAAUUGGUGUGAUUAAACGACGAUGCGAACUUAUUUUGCCUUGGAUCAUCUUUCAAUCGAUUGUUUGUGUUUUAUGUGCAAUGACACUGUUUGUCGCUUAUGCGUGUCCAAGUGAUUUCUUUGCUCGUUACAUGGGCACCGCUUAUUUCUGUCGAUGGAUGAUUUCACUUUUGACUCUCUUCAUAAAUAUGCUAUGCUUGAUAUUGGUGUUGAGAUACUACAAAGGUUUGAAAAUGUUAAAACGCUUAACGGAAGAAGUUGUCAUUCCGAUUCCGUAUCAUGCAGUGCCAUUCCAUUUUCGCAAGGAAAAUAUGUACGUCGGAACUGGUGGCUACAAACAUUUACUAUCCGAAUCAAAUUAUGUCCUCUAAAUAGUAUUCGAAUUUAAUUCAAACAAGCACCCAUUUUGCUUGGGGUCAUUCAAAAUAGAUCCGGAAUUCUAUGGGUUAUUAUCAUUUUACCUAUCAUAAUCUUAUCUAAGCUAUGCACACACUUCCUUAAAAGAAAUGUAAAGCGAGCAUUUUGUGUGCGGAACGAAUGUCUGCAUGAGUCUGUAUGAAUUUGCGUAAAUAUAUCAAAAAAAAGUUGGGUAGUGUGUUUUAAAAGAAAUGGUAAAAAAUGAAGCCGAAAUGUUUUUUUUAUAAAGAAUAAAAAAAAAUUAUCGCUUUUUUCGAAUUAAUGACUAUUAGACAAAUGUUUCUUCAGCAUAUUCGAAUUCAUUUCUAUUGAGAAUUUUAUACAAUUUUUUUAAAAAAACGUCUUUAUGCAACAUUUAUUUAAUCAAAUUAUUAUACAUAUAAGUUAUAAUUCGAUUCAGUCUAUUGCCUUCAAAAACAAAAAUAAGAUUUUGCGUGAAUCGUUUGU